GCUUUCGUGGACGACACGAUCCGAGUCUGCCGCUGCUUUCCUCCCUCCCUCCCCCUCUCUCUCUCUCUCUCUCUCAUCUUUUUCUUCUCUCUACUUAGCUGAGCUGAGUGAGCUCCAGUUUUCUCUUUCCUUUUCGCCCUCUUUCCCCUCAGCGAAUGGAGAUGGAAGAUCACCACCAGUACACCGCGGCAGAUUUGCGGCACCUCAUCAACGCCCGUCCACCUCCACCCCCACCGCACAUCCAGUCGAUCUCCCCGCCUGAGCUAUUCUGCGGCGGCGGCGGCCACCGGAACCCGACGCAGCACUUGGAGUCGAUGAUGAUGGGUGGCGGCGGGCUUCACAACGGCCAACGCCAAGGCCACAACCAUCAACACCACCACCAGUUUGGCCGUGAUCAUUCUUCUCCCUCUUCGGUCGCCAUGGCUGGUGCGGCAGGGGGUUUAGAGAGUGAGAACGGCGGAAAUGGGAGAUGGCCUAGGCAGGAGACUCUCACGCUCCUCGAGAUCAGGUCGAGGCUCGACUCUAGGUUUAAGGAGGCCAACCAAAAGGGUCCUCUUUGGGACGAAGUUUCAAGGAUUAUGUCGGAAGAACAUGGGUAUCAACGGAGCGGCAAGAAAUGCAGGGAAAAAUUCGAGAACUUGUACAAGUAUUACAAGAAGACGAAGGAAGGAAAAGCGGGUAGGCAAGACGGUAAGCACUACAGGUUCUUUCGUCAGCUCGAAGCUCUCUACGGAGAGAACGCCAAUUCGAAUUCCAUCCUCCAAGCUCCAUCUCUUCCACACUCACUCCACUUUCAUCCUCCACCCAACAUCAAUGAUAUUAACCAAGAUGCGUCUCAUCAUCGUCAUCCUCAUCAACUGCAGAGACCGUGCGAAAGUCUCAGCCUCUCCAAUUCCUCCGACUUUGACACCUCUUCGUCAGACGACAAUGAAGAGGAUGUGUCCGUGGAGAAGGGAAAGAAGGUAAGGAGAGGCAAAAGGGGUUGGAAGAUAAAGAUCAAGGAGUUCAUCGACUCGCAGAUGAGAAAGCUAGCAGACAGGCAAGAAGCGUGGCUGGAGAAAAUGAUGAAGGCCCUUGAGGAGAAAGAGCGCGAGAGAGAACUGAGAGAGGAGGAAUGGAAGCAACAAGAAAUGGCCCGGAUCGAGAGAGAGCACAAGUUCUGGGAGAAAGAAAAGGCGUGGAUCGAAGCUCGCGACGCCACUUUCAUGGAUGCGUUGCAGAAAUUGACAGGGAGAGACCUGAAGUUUGUGCCUUCGCCUAAUGAGCUCUUAGCGGCAGCUGAAAUCCAAACCCAUCAGAGCGAUGGCCUCACCAAAUGGAGUAAGGACUUCGACAAUUUCAAGAAACGCAAGGACAACUCGCGGUGGUGUCAUUAUCCAAGCGGGAGCGAUGAGGUCAUGUACAACCAAGGAGGGUCAAAUUGCGAAAUAAUUAAAGAGCAAGGACCGGAAAGUAUGACCCGAUCAGUUCAAAUGAACAACGGUUCGAGCUCACCUUCUAAUUCCAAUGCGGGAAAUGCAAUGCAGGAGAGCUGCUUCCGCUUCAUGAUGGUUGAGGGAGAUAAUUUGUGGGAAAGCUACGGUAUGAAGCUCACCAAGGGAGAUCAGAACCAGUAGAUCAUCGAUUAUCGGCAUUAGAGUGAGAGAGAUUGUUGUAGGAGGAUGGAUUUGACAGUGAUAGUGAGAUGGGAUUGGAUAAUUUUUAGCAAGAAACUGACCCGGAUGAUGGAUUAAUUGUUGACGCGUGGUGGAAAUUGCGAGGGAAAUGGGCAUUCCCGACGGCUAUAACAAGAAUGGACUUAUAUGUAUAUAUAUCUCUCUCUGAUGAUUUUAGUUUGAUAACGAAGAUCUUUGAAAUGGGAGAUGCAGUUGCUCAUAGAAGGCUAACAGGAUCAUUAUCACUACCGACAACAGAAGAUCUCUUUUCUAAAGUACGUAUUAUUCAUGGUGCUCUCUUUCCGUGGUAGUUGUGGUUCUGAAUGUGGAUCAUUGUUUUAGAAUGGUUUAGUGUUCGUCUACCAAAGAUCUCUAAUAUUUAGUGUUCAGGCUUUUAUGGCUUGCAACAUGCUUUGCCUGAUGUCCUAGCAUAUUAAUGUGCUUGUUGAGUCCUGCCUUUCGUUCUCAUAAGAAGUUGUCUUUAGUUCGAUUUGUACUUCUUGGAAUCAGUAGUUUUUGCCAUCUUCGUACAGUCCAAUUGAUGUGCAUCAUUGAGCGGCUUUCCAAGGUGCAACUGAGCUUAGCUGUAAGAUUUUUGAACAAUCUCAAGUUAUAGGGGAUCAUAUGCCAAGAAUUUGGGAUAA